AUGAUGUUUCUUUUUACUGUCUUCUCUUUGAGCCAUGAAUAUCAUGGACAUGGCCACUGCGGUGGAAUGUUCGCUCGUGAAGAUAAUCCAUUUAUUCUAGUUAAGAAUAGCCAAAGAAAAGAAAUUUUAUCAGAAAGGAAAUUUGAGACUAUGCGUUUAGUAAUGGACUACCAAUAUAUCAAUGGAACUUCUGAUGACUAUAAGACUUGCCACAAGGUUGGCCAACAAAUUUUCUGGGAUGGAAAUUUCACAUGUUAUGAAGAAGACAUUAUCACGGAAAAGAAGAGACAAACUCUCAUCAAAACACUUGAUAAUGUCCAAAAUUUCAUUACCAGGCUUGUUCGCGUUAAACAGACCGUAGAUUCAUUCAAAUUGUCCAAUUUCAGUACAUUAACGAACAUAUCAACUGAACAAGUUGUUAAUAAUACUGAUCUGUACAUGACCGUUGUUCUUCGUCCAUUUGGAAAAACAUCGAAUACAAUCGCUGCUGCUGGUGCUAUCGCUUACGAAGAAGAAACAUUUAGACCAAUCCAUGGCUUUAUUUUCAUCAACGCUGCGUCAAUACCCGAUACACCAAGUGAUGAAAAUUCUUGGAACAACAAGUACUUCUAUGUUCUUCUUCAUGAAAUGUGCCAUGUUCUUGGUAUCACACCUACAUUGUAUGGCCAUUACCACCCGAUUGAUUCGAAUCAGCCCCAUGAAAAUAUAACGUGCUCUCUCACAAAGUCUGGAAAGACUUUUAGAUUCCUCAUCACUCCACAGGCCCAUCUCUUUGCCGUAAAGCACUUUGGCCAAGAAUACUUCUACGGUGACAAUGAUACUAAGUGUUGGUCCGGUAUUGAGCUCGAAGAUGGAGGUUCCGCCGGUACAAAAUUAUCUCAUCCAGAAUCUCGUAUCUAUACAUCAGAAAUGAUGGUUGGUGUCAGUCUUCAGACUGAGAAUGGACCAUUCAACAGAAUUACAGACGUCACAGUUUCCAUGUUACUCGAUACAGGUAAUUAUGAGGUUGAUUGGUCGCUCAUUCAGCCAAUUGUUUGGGGUAAUAAGGAUUCCAUUGAUGGUCACUUUAUCCCAGACUUCGCUACAGGACCUCCACAGAUCGCAUUCCCAUCUUAUUACAUUUAUAAUAAAACUUAUGACACAAAAGUUGGUUUCAACUUCAAGUUCGUUGGCCAUACCGGCGACAUUGAAACCAGCGAGAUCGAAUGCUCCACAGGAAACGAGAAAGUGUCUCCAUACUGUCAAGCAUCCGAAUUUUACAACGCACUUAAGUCUCCUAAGAUCGGAGACAUCCGGGUCUAUGAUUACAUUGUUCUCAGGUACCCAGAUACCAUCUGCAAAGAUGGUGAAGCUGUUCUCCCUGGAAUGACUUCAUGCGGUGCUUACUCUUGCGACGGUUUUGACAGCUAUCAGAUAGAAUUACGUAAAUCUAAUAGCUACAACAAGCAGCUCCUCGCUACUUGCACCAAAGAAAACAUUGGACAAAACUUCACAUACAAAACAAACGAAAAGUGGGGAAUUGAAAGCCACACUGUUUCAUGUGUUGAACCAGAGCGUUUCUGCAGAACUGUUUCUCUCCAUGAAAUGCAUUUCCAAUCAAAUCCAAACGAUGAUGACUUCGAAUUACAGUUGAAUACACGUAAUGGAUCUAUCGCUGUUACACAUGAAGGAUUCAAAUGGCCAACACCAUACAUAAUUACUAUUAUCGCUCUUUGCGUUUUAAUAGUUUUAGUUAUUGUUGCUUUGGUCGUUGUUAUCAAUGUCUACCGUAAGACAAAAGAGCCUCAGGAAGAUGCUCCCAACAAGGAGAUCUGUGAAAGCUUGAACAAAGAAGUCAUGUUCAAAAUUUAG